CAAUAUUCGCACGCGACACCGGAGAUCUGAUCUGAACCUUCUCUGCCUCACACCAUGUCCCUCAAGCGCAAGGCCUCGGUUCCCAAUCUCACAUCGCCCAAUCCUGCUCCUGUGAUGUCAGGACGAUCAUUCGUGGCAGAUGACUCCCCAAAGCACCUCCACAGUCGCACCCGCAAGCGCUUCAGGAACGAUCGCCCGGAUGACGAAGUAGUCUAUGAAAAUACAAUGCGAUGGCUUUUUACGGCUCAGCAACAACAACACCAAGCUCCUACUCCUUCCACAGACGAGGACGAGGCAACUGAGCCAGAACCUGUACCAUCAUCUGAGAUCGUCGACCCUCGCCAGCAGACAUUACUCAAGUUCUUCCGUCCUUCCCAAUCUACACCCGCUCACAACCGCAUGGACAAGCUGGAUCAACCAUCGAACAAUGCUAUACCACUGCAAACAACACCCUUUCAAUCGCAUACCUUCAAUCUGUCCUCGCCAGUUACUUCGAUGGGAUGGGGUACGAGUAGCCCACCUUCGCAGCUGACAGGCAGCGAUAUGGACAUGGACUCAGUAACCAACGAGUCAGUCCAAGAGCCUCGGAGACCAUUCGGAGGGUUUGGUUGGGCAUGACGAGUGCUCGGUCAUGUCUGGGGUGCAUUACACCCAUCGCGUGCGAUACCAACGACAUUAGUCCUUUCAGCG